AUGGCUGCUAAACUGAGAUAUGUCCGUAUGGAUAUGGAUGAUCUCGCCUGGGAAAGAAAUGACACCGAACUCGAAGAAUGGGAGCGAUCCUUGAACAAAGCAACUAUUUAUCGCGAUAUCGCCAACUUUAUCAACAAAUAUCGCCCAGGAAAAGCUGUCGAGCUGCAUCGGCCGAUCAGAGGCGGCUAUAAUGUCUUCUAUCGAUUAGAGUACCAAGAUGGAUCCUCUGUUGCUAUUAGAAUUCCCAGUCCAGCCGUUAAAUGUCCGGAUGAAAAAGUGCGGUACGAGGUAGCAACAAUGAGAUAUGUCGCCGCCAACACCACCAUCCCAAUACCCAAGAUAUACCAUUGGGGAACGGCAGAGGAAAAUCCUCUAGGGCUUGGGCCAUUUAUGAUCAUAGAUUAUAUCGAGCAUGAGACAACCUUGUCCCACGUCCUCAAUGAUACUUCACUAGACCCGACAGAUUCCCACUCACUUGACCCCAAUAUCAGCGACGAGAAGCUCGAGUUCUUAUAUCGACAGAUGGCGAGCAUUGUCCUUCAGCUCUCUACGCUAUCAUUUCCCAAAAUUGGUUCCUUGGUUGAAAGUGACGAAGGCCAUAUCUCUGUAGCUGGAAGGCCACUCAUGCAGAAUAUGAACUCCAUUCUCGAUCUCACGGCCUCUCCUGCCAAUCUUCUGCCCAGCCCAACACACGUGUAUAAUACAUCUCAAGACUGGUAUCAUGCAAUGGCGAACAUGCAUUUCAUUCAACUGACAUUCCAACAAAACAAUAGUGUUGAGGAUGAGGAUGAUGCUCACGAUAAGUACGUUGCUCGCCAGCUAUUCCGACAACUCGCAUCAGAAAGGUAUCUCGACUGUAAGUCAAGCCAAGACCAAGACACCGUCUUCAGGCUCUUCUCCGAGGACCUACGACCAUCCAACGUCUUAAUUGACAAGGAUCUUAAAGUUGUUGGUGUUAUCGACUGGGAGUUUGCCUAUGCAGCUCCGGCAGAGUUUUCUUCUGAUCCUCCCUGA